AUGGGAGCUCCCUCCCGUUCUGCUUCGUACCAUUCGCUCUUCUUUUAUUUCCUGCCAUUAAGUACGUUUUCUCACAUUUGUUGCUCUCCCACCCACCAUGCUGUGGUUGCUGGGAGAGCGGCACGCUGUGGUUGCUGCCACCCAAACCAGGAGUUUGGAAACAUCGAGGCACCUUCCCUCGCCCACCUUCGAGCCCUCUUCUCCUCCAUCUAUGCCAGAAACGCGCGAGGCGCAGGAGGGGAGGCGGCAUCUGAGGGAGGUGACAUGUGCCGUGCUCUUCAGUGCCCUACGCGUGCCCUCCAUCUGCCUUGUCGACCAGGUAACCCCAUGCAACCAGGUAACCCCAUGCGACCAGGUAACCCCAUGCGACCAGGUAACCCUAUGCAACCAGAUAACCCCAUGCGACCAGGUAACCCCAUGCGACCAGGUAACCCCAUGCGACCAGGUAACCUCAUGCGACCAGGUAACCCCAUGCAACCAGGUAACCCCAUGCGACCAGGUAACCCCAUGCGACCAGGUAACCCCAUGCGACCAGGUAACCCCAUGCGACCAGGUAACCCCAUGCGACCAGGUAACCCCAUGCGACCAGGUAACCCCAUGCAACCAGGUAACCCCAUGCGACCAGGUAACCCCAUGCGACCAAGUAACCCCAUGCAACCAGGUAACCCCAUGCGACCAGGGCCAAGUGGGGAAGUGAGGAGGGCGGGGGUGGUGGAGGGUAACAUUCCCACCCCUCCCCUCCCCAAGGGAUACAAGUUGGAGGAGGAUGGGGAGAGGGAGGUGGACGAGGACGACCCGGCAGUCGACGAGUACAAGGACCAGGAAGCGAUGGACGAAGAGGAGAAGGAGAGCGAGGAUGAUGGGGAUGCGUCAAGGGCCACCCUGGCCCUGUUGGCAGCGGGGGCAGCAUCAGGCGUGGUGGUGAACAUUGGCUUCCGCAGCACCACAAUACUUCCCAUCAUGCGAGGCAGCACCGCAUGCAGCCUGCUGCCCUUGUACUGCCUGCCGCUGGGCGCCAUGCGAGUCACGGGGCACCUCAGCCAGUUACUGCACGAUUCUGGGAUCGUGUGCCAGUCCAUGUUCACCUGGGAUCUCCAUGUUCACCUGGGAUCGUGUGCCAGUCCAUGUUCACCUGGGAUCGUGUGCCAGUCCAUGUUCACCUGGGAUCGUGUGCCAGUCCAUGUUCACCUGGGAUCGUGUGCCAGUCCAUGUUCACCUGGGAUCGUGUGCCAGUCCAUGUUCACCUGGGAUCGUGCUCUCGCAAUAACUUUCAGCACCCCACUGCAUCAUGCUUGUCACCCCAACCCCCUCCCUCCCCUCCCGCAGUCGCUGUGCUUUGUGGCGCACGACUUCCAGGCUCUUGCUUCGCUGUGCUUUGUGGCGCGGGACUUUGAGGCAGCGAGGAGGGGCGAGGAGAGGGGGGUGCGGGGCACGUGUGAGGUGCCGGGGGAGGGCGCCUUCACUCUCGCCAGGGAGCGCUUCCUCGCCCCUGAAGUGCUCUUUCAACCUCACCUCUGUGGCCUCGGCGGCAGGGGCAUACAGCAGGCAGUGGCGCAGUGCAUAGUGGAGUGUGCUGCCUCGGUGAAGGCGUUUCAGGCACAGCAGGACUGGAAGGCCCGACACAGCCACGCGGGAGAGGCACCGGCUGCAGAUGAGGAGAAGGAGAAGGAGAAAGGGGGGGAGGAGGGUGAGCGAGUGCCUGGGUCGGGGCCAGGGGGUGAAGGUACCACGAGGCGGGUGGGAAGUGGGGAGGGGGAGGCAGGGGCGGGUGGGGGGGUGUGGGGGCGAGUGCCUGCGCCACUGUCAAGUGAGGAUGUGGCGGAGGCGAUCGGCACCGUGGUGGUGGCGGGGGGCACGUCUGCGCUGCCAGGGAUAGCAGAGCGGCUUCAUCUGGAGCUGCAGCGCCUGCUUCCCCUGCCCCUCGCUGACAGACUCACUGUGAAGGCAGUGGGGUCGUAUGGUGCAUGGAUGGGCGGCAGGACCGUUGCCACUGUGAGUGUUAUUGGCUGUGACUGA